GAUCUUGCAAAGGGUUCAGCCCCGAGGGGGCGGGAGAUUUAUUUAAUUUAUUUAUUUCGAGGGGACGGACAACACAGGAUCCUCCUCCUCCUCCUCCUCGACUUCCCUGCACCCCACAUUGACGCUCCUACCGGCUCAGGGGGAGGGAAGGGCCGGCCGCUGCAGAAGGCGGCCCACCGCCCGCCCCUUCCAUCACUCUCUCACUAUCUCUCCCGCCCGACGACGACGGCGGCGGCAGCUCCACCUCCUCUUUCGCCGCCGCCGCCGCCGUCCGGCCUGCUGUUGAUAAACACGGCGUUCGAGGCGGGCGUCCUGUUGGCGAGCGCCUCUUCUGUCUCCGGAGCAGAUCCCCGGAGCGCCUGGGCGGCCGGCAGCCGGGGAAGGGCUCGCGGGGAGCCGGGGAAGGGAUGUGGCAGACGCUGGCCCUCGGAGCUCUCUUCUUCCCGGGGCUUUUCGCAGUCUCCGUCCGCAGCCUGCGCUGGCUGGCGCCGGCAUGGAGCCUCAAGGACCGGAUCGUCCUCAGCGGCAGGUACCGGCUGGCACCGAGGGGGGAGAGAGAGGGAGGGAGUCCGACGGGAAGCCAGAGGUGCGGGGAGGGGGGAGAGGUGGAGGAAAAGGGAAGGCAUUCCACCCGGAUCCUCUUAUGCAACCGGAUGGAGUUGAAUGAAAAGCCGGCGCAAAGUUCUUGCAGGCGCGGGAAGCCCGGGUUGGAUCCGGCGUAAGCCCGACUCAGAGUAGACCCGCCGGCCUCAACAAGCCUCACACUGCGGUCUAUUAACUUCCAUGUGUGUAGCCCUAGAAUUGGAUGCUACCCUCAGACGGCGCGAACUUUCAGAAACCUCUUCUCCAUCCAGGCUUGGCAAAGCCGGCUGCUUACGAGCCGCACAGGGUUCCUCGGCGGGCGGGCUUUGGGAAAAGGCAAACGGGGCCAGUUCGACCCCUUAAAAAUACAGAAGGAUCCCAGAUAGCGGGUUCGGGGGAAAUUGGAAGGCCCCCCGAUGUUGUUGGACUCCCUAACCAUUGGCCCUGGAGUUGCAAUCCAACAGCAUCUGAAGAGCACCAGGUUCCUCAGUCCGGAUCGGUUGCAAAUGCAAUUGCUCUAGUUUUGCUUUUUUGCCUCUUCAGUUUAGGGGAUCCAGAGGGGCUUGCGGGGGGGGGGGAGGGAAGAGGACCCCUUAAGGCCCAUGGGAGGAAGGGGAGUCUCUCCCUGCCUCCCUAAGAACAGCAACACUGGUUUAAGGGUAGGGCAAAGGCUUUCAACAGGAGUUUAAGGGCAGGGCAGCGAUAAGGCAGGGACAUUCCUGUCCAGAUGAAAGAGAAGAUUGCGAGGCAGGCAAGAGUCUAUCUAUCCUUAGGGAGCCGUAGGGAAUGGCUCCUGUUGCUUAGCAACAGAGCAUCUGCUUUGCAUGCGGAAGGUCUCAAGUUCAACCCCCAGGGCUGCCUGAAACUCUGGAGAGCUGCUGCCAGUCAGUGCAGUAAAUACUGAGCUUGCAUGCAGAAGAAUGCAGGUUCAAUCACCAAUAGCAUCUCCUGCCAGGGCUGGGAAAGGCUCCCUCUCUGAAAUCCCAGGGAGCUGCUGCAGGUCAGUGCAUGCAGUAGGGCCCCCUGAAUCUCUAUAGAGAGGGGCUGCCGGUCAGUGCAGGCAAUACUGAGUCAAAUUUACGGGUGGUUUUGCUCUGUAGAAGGCUGCAUAUGUUGAGCGAGUGAAUCUCUUCAUGGUACUUUUUUCAUAUAUAUAUAUAUAUAUAUAUAUAUAUAUAUAAAAUUCAUAUAAUGAUAUAAUUGCAAUUUAGGAACCAGAGGGGGAGGAUCCGUGUUUAUACGAAUUCAGUCAUUGGAGUCAUGGGAAAGAUGGCAGGAAGUUUUAGCUAUGGAUUGCACAGUGUGUUAUGUGGGGGAAGUUGGGAACAGCUCUGUCUGGUGCAAAGUUGGGAUGGAAAUGUCAUCAAGGAACAGGACAAGAGAAGCAAGAUCGUUCCGAAGCCAGAUCCCCAAAGAAAGGCUUAUGUUUAUUAGUAGGACAGACAUUUCGUGGAGUUGGGACCCCCAAUGGCCAUCUAGUCCAACCCCCUGCAAUGCAGGAAUUUCAACUAAAGCAUCUGUGGCAGAUGGUCUCUGCUUAGGGAGUCCAUUCCACUGUCAAACAGCUCCUGCUGUCAGAAAAUUCUUCCUAAUGUUUAGUCGGAAUCUCCUUUCUUGAAACGUGAAGCCACUGAUUUGAGUCCCACCUUCUACAACAGGAGAAAACAGGCUUGUUCCAUCUGACAGCCCUUGAGAUAUUUGAAGAUGGCUAUCAUCUCUCCUCUCGGUCUCCUCUUUUCCAGGCUAAACAGACCCACCUCAUCAGGCUUGGUUUCCACACCCCAUGAUAAUCUUUGUCUCCCUCCUCUGCACACAUUCCGGCUUGUCAAUAUCCUUCUUAAAUUGGGGCACGCAGAACUGGGCACAGUCUUCCAGGUGUAGUCUGACCAAGGCAGAAUAGAGCAGUACUAUUCUUUCCCUUCCGGGUGGCGCUGUAGGUUAAACCACAGAGCCUAGGACUUGCCGAUCAGAAGGUCUGAUCGGCGGUUCGAAUCCCCGCGACGGGGUGAGCUCCUGUUGCUCGGUCCCUGCUCCUGCCAACCUAGCAAUUCGAAAGCACAUCAAUGUGCAAGUAGAUAAAUAGGUACCGCUCCUGUGAGAAGGUAAACGGCAUUUCCGUGCGCUGCUCUGGUUCGCCAGAAGCGGCUUAGUCAUGCUGGCCACAUGACCCGGAAGCUGUACGCUGGCUCCCUCGGCCAAUAAAGCGAGAUGAGCGCCGCAACCCCAGAGUCGGCCACGACUGGACCUAAUGGUCAGGGGUCCCUUUACCUUUAUUCCUUCCCUUCAUCUGGACACUAGACUUUUGUUGAUGCAGCCUAGAAUAGCAUUUGCUUUUUUUGCUGCAGCAUCACACAGUGGACUCAUGACCAGCUUGUGGUUCACUAAGACCCCUAGAUCCUUCUCACAUGUCCUACUGGCAAGCCACCUUAUAUUUGUGCAGCUGCUUCUUCCUGCCUAAGUGUCCCUUAUUGAAAUCCAUGUUAGUUUCUGCCCAGUUCUCCUGUCCGCUGUGGUAAUCUGGAUUCCCAAUUCUGCCUUCUGCAGCAUUUGCUACCCUUCCCAGCUUGGUGUCAUCUGCAAAUUGGAUUCCACUCUCUCUUCACCAAAAGGAGAGUCGCUUGCGAAAUUGGUUUGGGUGUUUAUUUUGCUGCAGAGGAGGCUACGAGUUCGCAGGAACAGUGCCAUGACCCUCACUAUUACACAAGAACACAGCCUUCCUCGCAGUCAGGCUGUUGGUUUCACCAUCCUCCGUAUUACUGACACUCGCUGCUGCUGGCUCUCCAGGAUUCCCUGGCAGGGAGCAUUACCCAACCCUGUCUGGAGAUGCCGGGGGUUGGAUCCAGGACCUUCUGGAUGCCAAGCAGAUGCACUGCCACUGUGGACAAGUUACAGGGAACCAGGCAGAGGGCCUUCUCGGUGGUGGCACCCGCCCUGUGGAACGCCCUCCCACCAGAUGUCAAAGAGAACAACAACUACCAGACUUUUAGAAGACAUCUGAAGGCAGCCCUGUUUAGGGAAGCUUUUAAUGUUUGAUGCAUUGCUGUAUUUUAAUAUUUUGCUGGAAGCCGCCCAGAGUGGCUGGGGAAGCCCAGCCAGAUGGGCGGAGUAUAAAUAUAUUAUUAUUAUUAUUAUUAUUAUUAUUAUUAUUAUUAUUGACACGGUGCUAAGGCGAAGUCUCUGCCCCAAUGCGCCAACCUCCCCUCGGGUUGUGGACGCUCCUUCCUUGGAGGUUUUUAAGCAGAGGUUGGAUGGCCGCCAUAACAACAACAACAACUAUUAUUAUUAUUAUUAUUAUUAUUAUUAUUAUUAUUAUUUAUACCCUGCCCAUCUGGCUGGGUUUCCCCAGCCACUCUGGGCAGCUUCCAACAAAAUAUUAAAAAUACAACAAAACAUCAAACAUUUAAAACUUCCCUAAAAUUUCUGUCAUAGAUGCUUUAGCUGAGAUUCCUGCAUUGCAGGGGGUUAGAAUGAGUGAUUUGAUUCUAUCUAGGUCAGUAUUGUCCAUGCUAGGUGUGGGGUGCCCUCCAGGCUCCUCUGCCUGGCUCUGGGAAGUCUACCUAGGCCACACACCCUAUUUUUUACCUGGCUAUCAAGUGUCUUUGACCACGCCUAACGCUUGGAGAGAGAGCGGAGGUGUGUGUAAUAUUUAUAUGCAUUGCUCCGCCCACUUUUGCUUCUGGCCCCUCCCACCAGCUGAACAUGGCCCCCGGAAGCUUGCUCAGAAGGGAAUGUGGCCCUCGAGGCUGUAAAGCCUUCCCCACCCCUGGACACAAGCUAUUGUCCUGCCUGAAUCGGCCCUCUUGGAUCAAUGGAGGCCACUCAGUGCAAUUCAAGGUGGCGGGAUUUGAACGCAGGCCUCGCAUGCUUGACCCCAACACACUAAGCACUGCGUCACACUAGCCUGUGACUGGGGUGUGGAAUGGUUACCCCCCACACACACACUGGAGGAAUUCAGAUUUAGAGGCGGCCGCAACUGACCGGUCAGUCCUGAUGGCUGUCGCCUCACUUAGAAAUGCGUCGUUCCUCAUCUCUGAAAAGAAAACCCUUUGAAGAUUCAGCUCAGGACUGGUCUGGGAGGGGAGAAUUCCUGUGUAUUCAUCACAAACCUCCCACCCAACUGCUGAAAGCAGAGCUUCCCAAACCGAAUCGUAGGCUGCAUGCUUGAGAUGCACGGUGCUCUUUAAACAUCAAAAGACUUUCGACAUUGAACUCCAGGGCACACUCGAUUCCUACAUCCAUUUAACAGACUGUGUCAAGUUCAUAGGCGGCUCUCCCCAAAAGGAACACACCAACCUCUCUAUAUUGUCCCAGGAUGCUAAUUUGGGAGUGCUUCUGGAUUGGGAGACGGGAAUCCUGGAGCAGGGAUUCGUGCAGGGGUGCAACGGGCAGCCUCAUCCUAGGGGAGGCAAUUCCCUGACAUUUGGAGUGAGAAAGAACCAGUCACAGCAGGUUCAGAGGUGUGGCCGAACUUGCAGAGGAGAAGAACAGGGACUCAGCGUUUUGUUUUAAAGCAGAUUUCCCAACUGCACAAAUGCCCCAUCACACACCCAAUGAUAAUUUUCAAAACAGUCAUUACAGACAAAAGCAUACUUUGCUCCUUGCUUACAUCCUGUAUCAGUGGCAGCUUCUCCUUACGGAUCAGGGUUUUUUUGUGUCUGACUGCACACACAAAAAUAAAUCCCAGGGUAUCACCCAGAGAUGCGCCAGGCAGCCUCCUAUGCAAAAUCGCAGUUUGGCCCUGUGGGAGCCUUAAAUGACAAUUUGUUUCUGAUCUGGGAAUGCACUUCUUGAUUUUGAGCGAGGGGAGUCUGGAGCAGCAAUAAUAAGAAUAAUAAUAAUAAAUUUUAUUUAUAUCCCGCCCUCCCCAGCCGAAGCCGGGCUCAGGGCGGCUAACAACAAUAAAACAGUACAAAAGUACAGCACAAACAACACUCUAAAAUCAUUCAUUAUAAAAUUAAUUAAUUCAAGCCACUGGCAACCAUUGGGCCAGAGCUCCGCGAAGAUUGCCGAGGGAGGGAGUCAGGCUGUGCCCUGGCCAAAGGCCUGGUGGAACAGCUCUGUCUUGCAGGCCCUGCAGAAAGAUGUCAAGUCCCGCAGGGCCCUGGUCUCUUGUGACAGAGUGUUCCACCAGAUCGGAGCCACAGCCAAAAAAGCCCUAGCUCUAGUUGAGGCCAGCCUAACUUCUCUGUGGCCUGGGACCUUCAAGAUGUUUUUAUUUGAAGACCGUAAGUUUCUCUGUGGGGCAUACCAGGAGAGGCGGUCCCGUAGGUACGAGGGUCCUAGGCCGUAUAGGGCUUUAAAGGUUAAAACCAGCACCUUAAACCUGAUCCUGUACUCCACCGGGAGCCAGUGCAGCUGGUAUAGCACCGGGUGAAUGUGAUCUCGCAGCGAAGACCCCGUAAGGAGUCUCGCUGCAGCAUUCUGCACCCGCUGGAGUUUCUGGGUCAGUCUCAGGAUCUGCAACCCCUGCAGAGUUGCAGCAGGGAACCUCCUCAGAAGACCCAGGUGGUUCCCUUGUGUUUCUACAUCAAGAGCAGGUUGACCAAUCCAUUCACACCAGACACAGAGAGGUUUGGUUGAGUUACCUGCAUCCUGGCAAGAAGUUGAAUUACGACGACAUGUUUCUCUCUCUCUCUUGCAUAACAACAUGAGAACAGGAUGGAUCGGUGUGGGGAAAGUAUGUAGAGAAAAGCUUUCCUUGCCUCUCGUAACAGUUGAACCCGUGGCCAGCCAAUGGAGCUGAAGGUUGGGAGAUUCAGGGCAGAUAAAAGAAAGCCAUGGUGGCAAUUUUCUCCCUCCACAGCCAGGCGCAGUCUACCUCUGAAUACCAGUUGCUGGGAAUUGCAAACUGAUUGCCAUGGUUCUCAAAUCCUGCUUGGAGGCUUUGCUUGGGGACAUCGUGUUGGCCACUGUCAGAACAGGAUACUUGGCAGCCCGCCUCCCUUUGACUUCUUCUCCCGCCCCCCAAUUUUUUAAAUUCAUUUUAUAACACAACUAAGACAGCAUCUUAAAAAGCAGAGACAUCACCUUGCCAACAAAGGUCCGUAUAGUUAAAGCCAUGGUUUUCCCAGUAGUGAUGUACGGAAGUGAGAGCUGGACCAUAAAGAAGGCUGAUCGCCGAAGAAUUGAUGCUUUUGAAUUAUGGUGCUGGAGGAGACUCUUGAGAGUCCCAUGGACUGCAAGAAGAUCAAACCUCUCCAUUCUGAAGGAAAUCAGCCCUGAGUGCUCACUGGAAGGACAGAUCCUGAAGCUGAGGCUCCAAGACUUUGGCCACCUCAUGAGAAGAGAAGACUCCCUGGAAAAGACCCUGAUGUUGGGAAAGAUGGAGGGCACAAGGAGAAGGCGACGACAGAGGACGAGAUGGUGGGACAGUGUUCUCGAAGCUACGAACAUGAGUUUGACCAAACUGCGGGAGGCAGUGGAAGACAGGAGUGCCUGGCGUGCUCUGGUCCAGGGGGUCACAAAGAGUCAGACACAACUAAACGACUAAACAACAACAACAACACAACAACUAAACAACACAAACAGGAAAACAAACAAUACAAACAAAUUCUUGUCUUAUCCUUAUUUUUUCUAAACAUUGUUAGGUGAGCUUCCCCAAGUCCCCGCUAUCUGAUUUUCAUUUUACCUCAUCUUUAGCAGUUUACAUAUAUCAUAAUUGCUAGCCAUUUUUUUAUCACGCUUACUUUUACCAUAAAAAUCUUCACAUUUUAUCACUUACAAAUAAUACUAUUUUAAAAUACACUGUCUUCUACUUCUAACCCUACAGCCUAUAUCCACUUCCAGAGCUAUUCUAAGAUUUAAAUAGUAACCUAUUUUUUCAAAUAUUCUUUAAACUUCUUCCGGUCUUCUUCCACCAUCUCUUCUCUCUGGUCUCGGAGUCUCCCGGUCAGUUCGGCAAGUUCCAUCAUCUUCAUCUGCCAUUCUUCGAUAGUUGGUACACCUUGUUUCUUCCAAUUCUUCGCUAGUAAUAUUCUCACAGCUGUUGUGGCAUACAGAAAAAAAGUAACAUCCUUUUUGGGAGAUUUCACCCACCACUAUACCAAGUCAAAAGGCUUCUGAUUUCAACACUUUUUUCAGUUCAUUAUAAACCCUUUCCCAGAAGUCUUUUACCUUGGGGCACGUCCACCACAUGUGGUAAAAGGUUCCUUCUUUUUCCUUACAUUUCCAGCAUUUAUUAUCAUGAGUAUGAGACAUAUUUGCUCCUUUUGCCUUCUUCUGGUGGGGAGAAUGCCCCCCCCUCUUGCCCCAAAGAAUCACCCUCCACUCCCUUGGAGAAUAGACAAUUCAUGAUUUUCACCCUUUCUGCACAUUUCUUGCCCCCCGCUAAUUCGCACCCAACACUUCCCUUUUUUAACAUUUCAACGUCCAGGAAAUCCUUGGAGGUAUUGGGGGAAGACAGACGCCCCGUGGCCCACUAGUAAAAGCCCCCCACCAUUCUUUCCCCCCCCAAAUAAAUUUUUAUUGUUUUCAACAUGUACUUCUUUUUCCAACAAUCCUUACUGUCACAUUAUAAUCCCUUUGACUCUGCCGAGUCCUGACUUCCCUCCCUCCCGACCGGUGGUAUAUACAUCACAUACUUUUUGCGUCUAUUAUUGUCAUAACUCUACUGUUUUACAUUGGAGCUGUUAUUCCAGUCCGGCUAGUGUCUUAAUAUUUUUGUUGUUCUCCUUAUAUAGUCAACAAAUUUAUUCCAAUUGUUACUGUAUCUCUGGUCCUCUUGGUCCCGGAUCCUUCCUGUCAAUUUGGCAAGUUCCGCAAAAUCUAUCAUCUUCACCUGCCGCUCCUGGAUGGAUGGUAAAUCUUGUGUUUUCCAUCUUUGGGCCAGUAAAGUUCUUGGGGCGGCUGUGGCACACAUGAACAUUCAAAAUAGUUGGCUAUUGUAGCUCUUCUUCUCUCGGCUCACGAGUCGCCCAGCAGGACCCAGACGCAAACUGAUGACUCAACGGAAGGCCAAACUCAACCAACGACACGACCCUGCCGGAGAACCAAUGUAUAAAUACGAGAAAGGGAAACCACUGUUUAUUGAAUCAAGGGUAUUUACUUUGUCUCUCGGGACGUGGUGACCGUGCCAAUUUCAGUUUGAACCUCUUUGUGGCAAGACUGAGCCUUUUCCCCGCCCCACCCCAAAGUUCAAACGAUAAGCUGCCAGUCAGGAAGUCGCAGAAUCCUGGAAUUGUAGAAAUGGGUCACAAAAAAAUCUCUGUGUCCACUUUCUUCACCCUCAUUUUAGGCACCCCCUAAGUUCUAGGAUCCUGCAGGUCUAGCUCCGGGGAACCUCUAAGCCAGCCUUCCAGACGCUGUUAGACUCCAAUUCCCAUCAGCCCCUGCUGGCCAAGUCCAUGGUCAGGAGAAUGAUGGGAGUUCAGCUACAGUGUACAGUGGUACCUUGGGUUAAGUACUUAAUUCGUUCCGGAGGUCGUUCUUAACCUGAAACUGUUCUUAACCUGAAGCACCACUUUAGCUAAUGGGGCCUCCUGCUGCAGCCGCACAAUUUCUGUUCUCAUCCUGAAGCAAAGUUCUUAACCUGAAGCACUAUUUCUGGGUUAGCGGAGUCUGUAACCUGAAGCGUAUGUAACCUGAAGCAUAUGUAACCCGAGGCAGCACUGUACUGAUAGUCUGCUUUAGAGUAUGAGACAAGUCAAGGAAUCACUGACAGAGUGCCCCACACAAAUACAUUUUACAGUGUACCUCAGGUCAAGAACUUAAUUCCUUCUGAAAGUCCGUUCUUAACCUGAAACUGUUCUUAACCUGAGGUACCACUUUAGCUAAUGGGGCCUCCCGUUGCUGCUGCACGAUUUCUGUUCUCAUCCUGAAGCAAAGUUCUUAACCCGAGGUACUAUUUCUGGGUGAGCGGAGUCUGUAACCUGAAGUGUCUGUAACCCCAGGUACCACUGUACAAACAUUUCCCUUGUUGACCGUUGUUUUCUCCCUAGGCUGGUGUCGUCUGUCCAGGCCAUGAUGGCCACUCUUUCCGGGAUCAUUGUCAUCUUCAGCUGCGAGGACGUCGUGCACGACAGGUAAUUAAAGAGAGGUCUGUAAACUGAAGCCAGGUGUGCAGAUUUUCAUCUGCCCUUAUCUGAGGACUUUCACCUGCCAGAGAUAAGGAUGCCUGGACUGCAGGCCUCUUCCUCCUCAACAAAUCGCAGAGAGGCAUGCUUCCGAAUAAAGGUGCUGCUGGGUUUGACGUAUUUCGCUGAAUCAUACAAUGGAUGGGAUCCCAGAGAUCAUCUAGUCCAACCCCCAUCCAGAUUGGAAUUAGGGUGUGUUUGUGAUGGGGAGAGGGCCCUAGUUUAGUGGCAGAGAGAAUUUGCUCUGCAUGCAGAAGGACCCGGGUUCAACCUCCAUUGCCAGGUAGGACAGGUUGAGACUGCCUGCCUGAAAUUCUGAACAGCUGCUGCCAGCCAGUGCAGACAACACUAAGUCCGAUGGACCUCGUGGUCUGACUCUACAAAGGCAGCUUCCUUUGCUGCUGAGACCCGGAUCCAGACCUGGAGUGCAGGUUCUCUGACUCAGAUGCCCCUGAGUUGCAGGAAGUGCUUGGAGGCUGGCACUGCUCCUCAUAGGAAGCUGUCCAUCUAGAUCAAUACUGCCUACUCUGGCUGGUAGCAGCUCUCCGGGGUUUCAGGCAGGGGUUCAGUGUAGAUAACUGCCCUGGACUGGCUGGAAGCAGAGGAAUGAUGGGAGGAACCAGCUAUGGGAACCACUAAGGCAGGCAUCCCCCAACUCUGCCCUCCAGAUGUUUUGGGACUACAACUGCCACCAUCCCUAGCUAACAGGACCAGUGGUCAGGGAUGAUGGGAAUUGUAGUCCCAAAGCAUCUGGAGGGCCGAGUUUGGGGAUGCCUGCACUAAGGGAAGAAGGCUCAGAGCCUGGAGGUUGGUGGUGUGACAAUGAUGAGUGAUCAGAGGGAGAAGACUAGGAAGAGGAAGGGCUGGAAGCUGAAGAGGUAAUAGACCUUAGUAAGUUGAUAGAGUCUGUGGUAGAGAGUAGUGCAGAAACAGAGGCAGAAGCUAAAGCAGGGGAGUGGGAUGCAGGAGGCUAAGAGACAGAGAUGGCUGGUGAAGAGUCAUGGGUGUCUCGCCCUCUUUCUGCGACAAGCUCCCCCCCACACUUAGUUCCUAGAACCAGAAGAGGCAUGAAAAGGGCACAGGAGAGAUUGGGCAUGCACAGGCACAGUCUCUGAAGAAUAUUAUUAUUAUUAUUAUUAUUAUUACCCCACUCAUCUGGCUGGGUUUCCCCAGCCACUCUGGGUGGCUCUCAACAAAAGAUUAAAAACACGAUCAAACAUUAAAAACUUCCCUAAACAGGGCUGCCUUCAGAUGUCUUCUAAAAGUCAGAUUGUUGAUCUAUUUCUUUGACAUCUGAUGGGAGGGCGUUCCACAGGGUGGGUGCCACCACCGAGAAGGCCCUCUGCCUGGUUCCCUGUAACCUCACUUCUCGCAAGGAGGGAACCGCCAGAAGGCCCUUGGCGCUGGACCUCAGUGUCCAGGCUGGACAAUGGGGGUGGAGAUGUUCCUUCAGGUCUACUGGGCUGUUUAGGGCUUUCAAGGUCAGCACCAACACUUUGAAUUGUGCUUGGAAACAUACUGGGAGCCAAUGUAGGUCCGGUGUUAUAUGGUCUCCCAGUCACUACUCCCAGCCACUGAGUCACGAUUGCUAGGAAAAAACCCUGGAGAGGAAGGGACUUAGACGGCUGUGGGGAAGCGGGGACCCUCAAUCUGCAAUAAUAAUAAAUAAUAAUAAUUAUUAUUAUUAUUAUUAUUAUUAUUUAUUUAUACCCCGCCCAUCUGGCUGAGUUUCCCCAGCCACUCUGGGCGGCUCCCAAUUGAGUGUUAAAAACAAUACAGCAUUAAAUAUUAAAAACUUUCCUAAAUAACUUCAUGGUGGCAGGACCUACCAGAAAUGAGUUGCUGUGUUUAUUAAGCUUGACACUCUUGUGCAGAUUGUGGUUUUGCUAAUAAAGAGUUAACUCCAACUUGCUCAGUGUGAUUUAUAGCUGGCCCGCUCCAGACAACAACAGCCACAGCAUCUCACACAGCCGGUUGUCAGUGUUGAUGGGAGUUGGAGUCCAACAUGAGGGUCACAGAUCUGUGCCGCCUCUAAACCUUCACUCUGUUCUCCCCCACCCACACAAAUUAACAUAUCUCCACUGGCUCAUAUUGUCUCCAAACUUCCUUUCAUUAUCUCCUCCCUUCUUGGAAAUAUCUAUUGCAAACUUCUGGGAGCAGAGACCUGCACUCAGUUGCUCAACUUUAAAUUCCAUGCCACCGUGUGCACCAAUGGCACUCUGCCACUUUAAAAUAAAAAAUAAAAAUCACGAGGACUAGGAAUGCUUCUCUUUUGCUGGAGAGACUGCUGGAUAUGAAUUAUUUUCUAAAGGGGUUGCGUAUUGUGUUGGCUGAACUCAUCUUGAGCUGUGCAAAGCUCUGUCCCAGAAAAAUAAGGGGAAAUGUCACCACUUUUGCAACAGGCAAUUUUGACAAGGCAGGCAUUGCAUAAUUAACUGCAAGGGAAGCUUUGCAGAACGAAUUGCAUCAAGGCACCAAAACAAAAAAGUACCUCUCUCCACCCUUGAAGACCUGAAGCUGCAGAUUCCAACAUUUAAAAUAAAAAACAGCUUCGUGGAGGAAGAUGAGCCCUUUUAGUGGAAAUUAACCAGGAUACCACACAGUGCUUCCUUGUGUGGAGGCAGUCUGAAUGCAAGAACAAUGCCACCCCCACCCCCAAGACAGCACUUGCCUGCAGCCUUGCAAUCUUAGACACAACACAAGAGGGAAAAGGGAUGGGGAGGGAAGAGGGGUGAAAGCAGACUCGCGUACCAAUUCUUAAAUGCAGCGGUAGUUCUUACAGCCAGCUGGAAACAUUGGUGGGGCGGGGGGAACUUUUGCCAAAUGUUGAAUCUAAAAUUUGAACCCAUGGUAUCUGACUGAGUCCUACUCAGAGUAGACCCAAUGAGAACAAGGAACCCGGGUUUCAGUGGGUUUGCUGCACACAGGACUAGCGUUGCACAACCUGAAGUUUAAACCUAUUAUUAUUAUUAUUCUUGGGACGCAUGUUUCAAAUUCGAAACGAGGCAUGCGAAAUUAGGGAUUUCCAGGUCCUUGGCCCUCGGUCCGUGCUGCCCUCAAAUGCCCACCCUUAACCCACCCCUCUACGCUCUUCCUUCUCCUCCCCAAACAGGCACUGGAUUGCGCGUGAGUACAUGUGGGUUGUGGUCUCCUACAUGGCCUACGACAUCUACGUCAUGUACCUCUGCCACUGGCACAAGGGUGAGGAGAAAGGGGAGGCGCACCCGAAGUAUUCUCUGGCCAGCGUCAACAGCUUCCUGCAGAGAGAAAGGCUGAUGGUCACACACCACCUUUUCAUCCUCAUCGUCCUCACGCCAGUGGCUACGGUGAGAGCACUUGGGUUUUCUCAAGGAGUUUGGCGCGUUCUGGGUGUUAAUAAUAAUAAUAAUAAUAAUAAUAAUAAUAAUAAUAAAAUUAUACCCCGCCCAUCUGGCUGUGUUUCCCCAGCCACUCUGGGCGGCUUCCAACAAAACACUAAAAUACAAUAACCUAUUAAACAUUAAAAGCUUCCCUAAACAGGGCUGCCUUCAGAUGUCUUCUAAAAGUUUGGUGGUAGUUCUUCUCUUUGACAUCUGGUGGGAGGGCGUUCCACAGGGCGGGUGCCACCACCGAGAAGGCCCUCUGCUUGCUUCCCUGUAACCGCACUUCUCGCAGGGAGGGAACUGCCAGAAGGCCCUCAGCGCUGGACCUCAGUGUCCAGGCAGAACGAUGAGGGUGGAGACGCUUCUUCAGGUAUACUGGACCGAGGCCGUUUAGGGCUUUAAAGGUCAGCACCAACACUUAGAAUUGUGAUCGGAAACAUACCUGUGUGCGCUCUGCCAUGCUUGCUGGGAGAUGCCCACCCGCGCAGGCACAAGCGUGGAAACUUCCCGGAAAGUGUCUGUAAUCGCCAUGAUUAACUAGCAGCCUUGCAUCUAUGGUACAAAACUGAAAGCUUUGGGCCACCAUCUUGAUUCAAAAUGGCGACCAGUGGUAUCCAAAGGCAGCCGAAAGCCUGUUCCUUGAUCUUGGGCCCACUUGCAAAAUUUGGUUAAAAUCAGUGCCGUUUUGAAAGGUCCAGCCUGCCAUCUCGAUUCGCAAUGGUGCCCGAUUAUUUUUUAAAUUUCUAUACUUUUUGUAUUUUUAAGAAAAAUCUCAGAGCGGUUUAAAAAAAGUAAAGGAUACCUGACAGUUAAGUCCAGUCGCGAACGACUCUGAGGUUGCGGCGCUCAUCUCGCUUUACUGGCUGAGGGAGCCGAUGUUUGUCCACAGACAGUUUUUCUGGGUUAUGUGGCCAGCACAGCACAUUAAAUCAAGAAAACAUAAACAAAACAAUCUGAAGAAAGUCAAAUACAGUGGUACCUCUGGUUACGAACUGAAUCCGUUCCAGAGGUCUGUUCGUAACCAGAAACCGUUCUUAUCCUGAGGCGUGCUUUCGCUAAUGGCGCCUCCCACUGCACGCGCGGGCCUCUGGCACACGAUUCCCACUCGCAUCCCCGGGCAAAGUUCGCAACCAGGAACAGCUACUUCCGGGUUAGCGGAGCUCGUAAUCCAAAGCGCGCGUAACCAGAAGGGUUCAUAAACAGAGGUACCACUGUAUAGAGUAUACAGUGGUACCUCAGGUUAAGUACUUACCGUAUUUUUUGCUCUUUAAGACUCACUUUUUCCCUCCUAAAAAGGGGAAAUGUGUGUGUGUCUUAUGGAGCGAAUGCAGGCUGCACAGCUAUCACAGAAGCCAGAACAGCAAGAGGGAUUGCUGCUUUCGCUGCGCAGAGAUCCCUCUUGCUGUUCUGGCUUCUGAGAUUCAGAAUAUUUUUUUCUUGUUUUCUUCCUCCAAAGGCUAGGUGCGUCUUAUGGUCUGGUGCGUCUUAUAGAGCGAAAAAUACGGUGAUUAGUUCCGGAGGUCUGUAUUUAACCUGAAACUGUUCUUAACCUGAAGCACCACUUUAGCUAAUGGGGCCUCCUGCUGCUACCGGGCCGCCGGAGCAUGAUUUCUGUUCUCAUCCUGAAGCAAAGUUCUUAACCUGAAGCACUAUUUCUGGGUUAGCGGAGUCUGUAACCUGAAGCGUAUGUAACCUGAAGCAUAUGUAACCUGAGGUACCACUGUACAGUCAAAGCAACGUAACAGAAAACUAAAAUACUAUCUUAAAGAUUUCAAAAUAAAACAUUACAAAGAAGGUCAACUACAGAAUACAUAUUUAACAUAGUAGCGCUGGUGAGUGUGUGCCCUGCUCCCUAAGGCCAGGUGGAAAGGGCCUUGCAGGAUGCGGCCUUCACGCUUCACAGCCGGGCGAUGUUCCUCUGGCCUCAUGAGGAGCCUCUACUUGGAUUAUAUCCAAGCAUAGAAGGGCUCCUUGAUUCGGGAACCAUCGUGCAAAAUUCUGUUUGAAACAGCAUCCCAGGAAUAGCAAAAGCCUGUUCCUUGAUUUCAGGAACUGUGGUGCAAAAUAUGGCUGUGAUACCUUCAGAGCUGUCCAUGCAGGCCCCGGAAGGCUGCCCGGAAGGGAAUUUGACCCUCAGACUGAAAAGCAUUCCCUACUGCUCCUCACCAACGCCAGAAGGAGCUGUUUAGGGUUGCUGGGUUGCAAGCCGCUUGCACAGACACACAAAUCCCUGAAAUUCUCUCCCCUGCUUUCGUCCACAGCACUUCAGAGGUGAGCUGGGAGACUUCUUCGUUGGCUGUAUCUACACGGCUGAGCUGAGCACCCCCUUUGUAUCGUUGGGCAAGAUCCUGUUGCAGGUAAAACCACAACCCCAGGCUUUCUCAGACACUCGGGGUCCGAUACCCGUUUCUUUUACUCCCUGGUUAAAAGUAGAGAUGUGCUUUGCUCUGAGGCUCAGGGCAGUUGUGUUUCUGAUGGCAAAAGACAGACUUUCCUGCCACCGCAAUCACCUGCCUUCAUUUCUCCACAAGUCACUGGUUGGUUUUUUUUAAUGAAAAACAAAAGCAGUGCAAAGCAGUACAAUCGUGCAGAGAAGCAACAGGCACACCCCCGAGAGAGAUGCUAAAUGCACUGUACCAGUGACUUGGAAACGUGCUGCAAAUGCAGGACUUUGUUGUCCUACACAAAGGAGGAGGAUGUUGCUGGAAAUAUGGUGCGUGGUUUUAUAAUUUGUUGGAAGCCACCCAGAAUGGCUGGGGCGACCCCGUCUGAUGAGGAUUAUUAAUACAGUGGUACCUCAGCUUAAGAACUUAAUUUGUUCUGGAGGUCCGUUCUUAACCUGAAAAUGUUCUUAACCUGAGGUACCACUUUAGCCAAUGGGGCCUCCCACUGCCGCCGCCCGAUUUCUGUUCUCAUCCUGAAGCAAAGUUCUUAACCUAUUUCUGGGUUAGCGGAGUCUGUAACCUGAAGCGUCCGUAACCUAAAGCGUCUGUAACCCGAGGUACCACUGUAAUAAUUUCCACAGCUCUAGGGUUUUCUGGUUGUUGUUGUUGUUUAAAUACAGUGGUACCUCGGGUUAAGUACUUAAUUCGUUCCAGAGGUCUGUUCUUAACCUGAAGCACCACUUUAGCUAAUGGGGCUUCCUGCUGCCGCUGUGCGAUUUCUGUUCUCAUCCUGAAGCAGAGUUCUUAACCUGAGGUAAUAUUUCUGGGUUAGCGGAGUCUGUAACCUGAAGCGUCUGUAACCCGAGGUACCACUGUAAUAGUUUCCACAGCUCUAGGGUUUUCUGGUUGUUGUUGUCAUUUAGAUAGCUGUAUAGAACCGAUUUUACCUCCCGCUUUCUCUUCCCCAGCUGAAAAUGCAGGAUUCGGCCUUGCACAAAGUCAACGGUGUCCUCGUCCUGGUGACCUUCUUCCUGUGCCGCAUUGUCCUGUUCCCCUUCAUGUACUGGGCCUACGGUCGCCAGGCCGGCCUCCCCAUCUACAAAGUGCCUUUCCACAUCCCCCUCCACUGCAACGUGGCCAACGCUCUGCUCAUCGCCCCUCAGCUCUACUGGUUCGCCCUCAUCUGCCGCAAGGCCCUGCGGCUCUACAGAGCCCCGCUGGCCCCGGACCGAGCCCGAUAAUGGCGGCCUGAGACCUGCUCCCUGCGGCUGGGUCCUGCCCGCCCCGACUUUCUGCGCCAGCCUCUGGGGAGAGACCUCUCAGUCGGGACGCCGUGGGCUUUGCCCAGGAGUGACAGGCGACGCUACCUCUGCAGGUGGCCCCUGGGUGAAAUCCGGUUGCCAUACGGUGCCAGCAAGGCCGGGUGGUUUUGUGUUUUGUUCUGUUCUGAGGAGUCUACUGCCAGAAGAGCGCUGCUGGAUCUGGCCACACACCUCGCCCAGCACCCCGUUCUCACAUUCGCACCCGCCAAGGUGCUCAAAAUAGGCCGGGACUCCUGGAAGCUGCUUCCAGUUUGCAGGAUGGGGGCAGUGUGCCAGGAUCCGGCCCCCUGCCAGCGCUGGCCUCUCUUGGGACAAAAGGGUGGGCAGAGAGGGGGCACUGGGUAUGCCGUCUGUAGGUUUCUCGGUGGCUUCUGUGAAAUGGAGGGUUUAUUGCUUCCCAAGUCAUGCUCUGAAUAGGAGCAAGAAAACGAUUCCCCCCCCCCCCAAUUAUACUGCUGAAGUGAAGAAGGCCGGGGUGGGGGGAGAGAUAACCCAGAGUACAUUUUCCGCAGGGGGGGGACUGUGAACUGUUUCGCCCCAGGAUUCGAAUCGUGGGCUUGGGACCCAAGCGCCGGUUUGGGAAAAUCAAGCUGUCUUUCCAUCCACUCCCCAAGCUGUAAAAAUGGGGUGGAGGGUAUGGAUUCUAUGCUGGGGAAGAAAAUGGGGCAUUGGGCAGUCUGGUCAUCAUAUUCGGGGGGGAAUGACCAGGCAGCUGGAGGUCUCGGGGCCAAAUCAAAUGUGUUGGUAUUUCUUUGUCCUGCCUGUAAGAUGAGUAUUUUUGUCGAGACCCUGCAGGGGUCGGCCUAAAAUCUCCGCGCCAGCAACGCCAGCGUCACACAGGGGUAAAGCUUCCCCACGCAAUUCGCACCCGGCUCCCCGUUGACGGUGGCCCUCUGUUUGGAACACAAGAAGUCUGCCGCAGGUGGAGCUUGGGUCUAACCCAGGGGUGGUUCGGCUGGUAGAACAUGAGACUCUUAAUCUCAGAGUCGGGGAUUCAAGCUCUGCCCCACCUUGGGCAAAAAAAUCCUGCAUUGCAGGGGGUUCGACUAGAUGACCCUUGUUGUCCCUUCCAGCUCGACAAUUCUAUGAAAAGCCGUGGCCUGCCAGAUGGGGCUGGACUACAACUCCCAUCAUUCCCCUGGCCAUUGACCACGAUGGCUUCUGGGAGUUGAGAGUCCAGCAGCAUUUGGUUCCCCCAUCACUGGUGCAAUCCAUUUUCCUGCAGGGAUGUUUCCCCCCCCCACCAUCACUUCUUGUGCCCAUUUUCUUUCUGGUCAAGCUGGUCUUUUUUCUACCUCCUUGUUUAUGUCUGAUCUUUCCGGAACGCCUUUGCAAGUACCACAUUGGAGCAGCCUUCGGAUUGAUGCGGCUACAACUUCUCCUUAACAAACCGGCGUCUCCUCUGAGGUUGUGGUGCUCUCCAGAGGUUCCCAAACUUCAGAAGCGCCUUUCACUUCAUCAAAAGUGGCUUUUUACUGCCGACAGUCUUGGGACACCACAGCCAGCCUGCCUUGCCGCCAGCGAUAAGCCUUAACCCUCACAACUAUGCCUCAUCCCCUUUUAAAAACAACCAAUAUGGCCGCCCUCACGACAACUUAGGGGAGCGAACUCCGUAGCGGCGCUGGGCGACGUUCUUUACGCUCAGUUUUCCAGCUCUCAACUUCAUUAGAUGUCCCCAUUGGAUUCUAGUACAGUGGUACCUCAGGUUAAGUACUUAAUUCGUUCCGGAGGUCCGUUCUUAACCUGAAACUGUUCUUAACCUGAAGCACCACUUUAGCUAAUGGGGCCUCCCGUUGCCGGAACACAAUUUCUAUUCUUAUCCUGAAGCAAAGUUCUUAACCUUUCUGGGUUAAGCGGAGUGUAUAACCUGAAGCGUAUGUAACCCCAGGUACCACUGUACAGUGGUUUACCUCGGUUGUCGAACGUAAUCCAUUCCGGAAGACCGUUCGACUUCUGAAAUGUUUGACAACCGAGGCGCAACAUCAAUGGAGAAAAUUGGGGGGGGGGGGCUCACCGGAAGCCAUUCGACUUCCAAAAAGCAUUCGAAAACGGAAACAAUUCUGGGUUUUCGGCGAAAACCGCAAUGUUCGGCUUCCAGGAUGCUUGAAAACCGAGGUACCACUGUGUUUGGGAGGUUUUCUUCCUCAUAUCCACUGUUCUCCACACUGUGCAUUGUGGAGAAUAGAAGAUGGGGAGGUUAUCUUCUCCUCUACCUCAUAUAACCCUCCUUUUUUACUUCCUAAACUAAACCCUCACCCCCCAAAUGCUGUCACUUUUCCUCGCUGUGGAGUCACUCAGAAACCUCAAAUCUCUUCCCACAGUCCUUUUCAGGGAUGAUGGGAACUAUUGUCUGACGACAGCCCCCAUGUGGCCCACCCCUGCCAGAAGCUCUGACCAUGCCUAUAUGUCCCAGACUGUCCUUUAUUAAUAUUAUUUUCCUUGAGACCAAUAAGGUGCCUUGUGUACAACAGGACGGGGAACAGCCCUCAAAUGUCUCUGAAAUUGCACAAAUCCCAGGAGAUAUUUUCCUUUCCCCUCAGCCAACUCGCUGGUUUACAAUAUCUGCUCCAAUAUGCCUGAAUGUCAUUUUUAUUUGAAAGGAAGAUCAUAUGCCAGGGAUAUGAGAGAGGUUGAGGGAACAGCAAACUCCAUCCCUGUUCUACAAUAUUUAAAUACUGCCUUUUGACUUCCAAACGAUGCUACGAGACGUGGCUAGACGUGCCAAACAUCUUAAAAAUGCCUUUUGAAGUCGCCCGGUGGAAUUGGCAGCAGGGAGGCCGACAGACGCAUAUUUCCCUCCCUGGGAACCUUCGACGUUAUAUUGCAAAACCAGAAAGGAAUGUACUGUAAAUAAGUAUUCACUGUGUCCCUCAAAACCAGAGGAUUCUACGGGUUUUGGGUUCUCCAAAAGAUCACAGACAAGUGUCUAGGAGCUGCCCAAAACAUUAUAACCACUUGCAGCGUUUACACACUACUCUUUGGGGGACGGCGUCAAGCAACUCUUGAGGACAAGUCUCCUCUCACUGUGACACAACCCUGCCAAAAUGGGUGAGGAAGGACAAAAAGAGAGACUCCAUAUUAAAUGGUUUUAUGUCACUGGAUUCACUGUUUUCUCCUGCAAGACUACAGGCCUGGUAUAUAUAUAUAUAUAUAUAUAUAUUUGAAAGCAGACAAAUAAAAGAUAACCUGUUGAGAAAUUUGAAUUGUUGACUCUUGUUCAGGGCUUGAAAUAAUCCUGGCGCAUUUUGUGACCAAGUGAAGAUACCUGGGGGCCAGGAUGGUGCCUGAUGUCUCCACAACUUGGAGAUGCAUGCCUGGGGAUCACUGGAUCUUGACCAUGGGUAGGCAAACUAAGGCCUACUUUUUGAACCAUGAAACUCUGCUGGUUAAGGAUUUAGUAAAACACUAAAAUCAAGUGUAAUGGACAACUGAUUAAAAAGCUAAAAGCAGAACUAGGGAGGCGAAAGACAAGCCUUAAAGAUCUGGCCCAACUAAAAGAGUGCAAAUACAAGGAGCCCUUCAAAUUUAGUGGCCAGGUGCCACAGGUUGGCAUUUUCUUUUUGACCACUUUUUGUGGCAAUGCUUUGGUUCAGCGCUGCCUCAAUUUUUGCAAAGAAUGCCUGGACAACUCAUCUUGCAGAGGCUUUAGCCGUUAAAUGAUGUGGUGCAGAGGGGAAUAUUGGGUGCCUAACCAUUUUAGGAUAAUCAUUAUUUUGCUAUUACAGGAGAGACCACCAACAGGUGACUGCGUUCUGCGAGAAGGCUUUUCCUCCAAGCCCCAGAAAUAGUAGCUGACUCCGCAAAAACUCUCAGCAGGGUUUGCAGUGAGUUACAGAACAGAUAAAUUAAUGGGCCCAAGUCGAGCCACGUCCAUUAAUUUCAGCGGGUUAGCUCUG